AUGGAUAAAUCUUGGAUUAGAAUGCCAAGGACCACAAAGGAAUAUCUGGUUGAUUUGAAUCAGUUUUUGGAAUUUGCUUUUAAAAAUGGAGCUAUAGAAGAUAGAAACAAAUGCCCGUGUCCUCAAUGUUGUUUUGGAAAAUGGCAGACUAGAGAGGUAGUAUUUGAUCAUUUGAUUUGCAAGCCAUUUCCUCAAAAUUAUGUCAUUUGGGUUUUGCAUGGGGAAACAAGUGUGUUACAAAAUUCUAAAAGCAGAGAGUUUACUCAGGAUACACUGCCUCCAAAAAAUCCUGUAGAAUUAUUGAUUAACGAAGCAUUUCAUGGCUUUAGGCAAGAGAGAUUUGAUGUAGGUCCGUCGCAAAUAGUGGUAGAAGAAGAGAUAUUAAAGGAUAUACCCACAUCAUAUGACAAAGGCUUUUUUGAGUUGCUCAAAGAUGGAAGGGAAGAAUUGUAUGAAGGGUCUAAGUACUCAAAAUUAGAGUUUUUGUUGAAGUUAUAUCACAUAAAGUGUUUGUCUAGUCUAAGUGACAAAGGAAUGACUAUGAUAUUGGAUCUGCUCAGGAAUGCCUUUGAAUUUGCAAAGAUCCCUGAUUCUUUUUAUGAGGCUAAGAAAACUAUCAACAAGUUAUGUCUUGAUUAUGUUAAGAUUGAUGCUUGUCCAAAUGAUUGCAUGUUGUAUUGGGGAGAUGAUGUUAAUGAGGAAACAUGCAAGCAUUGUCAUACUUCGAGAUGGAAGCUUGAUGAGAAGAAUACAAACAGUAAAGUGGUUGCUAGGGGUAAGAAGAAAAAAAAGAGACCUGCAAAAAUUUUGCGUUACUUCCCAUUAAAGCCAAGAUUACAAAGAUUGUUCAUAUGCUCUAAGAUGGCAGAACAUAUGAGGUGGCAUACGGAAGGUGUUAACAAAGAUUGA